UGACGGAGAACACCAGUCUAGAAGUUAUGAUGCAGUCCCUCGCCCCUGCCCUCCUGGCAGAGCUCGCCAAGAAGAAGGGAGCCGCCGCCUUCUCUUCCUCCUCGAAGGGAGGUGCUUCUCGGAAAACUGAAACGGGAAUGUCCAAGUCAGGAAGCAAGCUCGGAUCUGGAAGGUCAUCAACCAGGAAAUCGUCCUCUCCCUCCAAGUCAUCCAACUCCACUUCUACCAAGAAGAAACGAGGCCCAGGGACCUCAGCUCUGUUAAAACUGAUGAAUAUCCCUCCACGCACAGCUCAUGAUGAGGUGAUGAAGGCCGUAGAACCCUUCGGAAAGAUCAAUUACAUCAUCCUGCUCAAGUCCAUACAGCAGGCAUCAGUAAUGUUUGAGAAAGAGGAGGAUGCCAGACUGCUGGCUAGCUGUAAGACCCUGACCAUCAGAGGCCAGGUCGUUAUCAUACGGCUGGAGGAAGAGACUCUGCUGGGGGACUCAAAGGAACUGGACCGGGCCAAGAAGUCUUCUUCUGAAAGGAAAGCGACAGCAGCCCAGUCCCAGACCGGCACCACCAAGUCAACUAAAACAUCUACCAAGUCUUCAACGACCGCAACUAAACCCCAAACUACCGGUACCAAGAACACACCCAAGCCUGACAUUGCGAAUAAUAGGUUUGUGAAGAUCGAAGGUUUACCAGAAACUGGAUAUACAGAGGAAGAUGUUCUGGCUCUGGUGAAGCCUUACGGAUAUAAACCUGGACUCUACAACUGUUUCAUUCUGCCCAACCAGAGAUGGGCCAUAAUCCGUAUGGAGAGAGAACAGAAGAGCUUUGCUAUGUUGACCAACUACACAGAGUCUCCUCCUAAACUACUAGACUGUCCCCUCACCUUCACGCUGACCCGCCCUGAUACAAACCUCCUCCAGGAGGGUGUGUACACCACUCUGAAGGGCCUCACCACUACGGAUCCAACGUUGAAGGAACGUCUUCUGAUUGUCAGUAACGUCCCCGCAGGGACUGCAGCAGCCCAGGAGGUUCACGACCUCGUCAAACGCUUCGGCUUCUACCUCGACUCGCUGUCUCUGAUCAACAGGAUCUAUUUUGAGAUGGAAUCGUCGUCGGUGGCGAUGACCGUGUGUCUUCAUUUCCAGAAGUCCCCCAGUGUAGUUCAGAACAACCCUCUGAAGUUCAACUUGCUGGUCAAGGAUCAACAGGCACCGCAGCCCCCAGCCCAGAAGACAUCUGUUGUCAGCACCAAAGCCAAGAAGAAACCAAUCAAAGGCAAGAAGCCUGUAGCUAAAGAUGUCACAACCCCAGUUAAACCUGUUACUCCCACUACUACCAGCACCAAUGCUACGGUCUCAUCCUCUCAGCCUGUUGCUGUGGCUGCCAAGCAACCAGGAAGUGACGUCGUGGUGAUGAAUUCCGACGGAAAGGCAACGGUGGCGGAGUCUGAAGGGAAAGAGGGUGGGAUUUCCUCGACAAAGAUGGGAAGAAGAAGAACGCUCAUCCUCCCAAAGAGGACGGAGGGAUGAAAACUGAGGAGGAGGCAAAAAGAAACAAGGAAGACACUGCGACCGUCGUCGUUUCCGCCUCGUUACCUACGGUUGCCGUGUCCGCUCCCGAGGAAGAGGUCGCCAUGGAAACCCAGAGCACCGACGGCGUCGCCUCGACCAAUGAGGUUGCAGCAGAACCCGAACAGGUUCUAGCUGCGGUCCCACAACAGGGCAGUGAUGUCAUUGCGUUGGCUAGUGAAACCGUGAUGACUGUGGCCACAACAGAACCUUGUCUGAUCUCCGCUGUGGAGGAAGCUGAUAACGUGGCCAAUCCUGUCGACUCUGACACCGUUGCUGCCUUUGUACCGGCACAAACACCGGCUCCUGUCCCGGUAGAGUUAAAUGUUGAAGACAAACCUCAGGACUUUCCUCCGGUCACCGAGGAGAUCCUCAAGGCCCUGGAGGCAGCGGUGCACCAACACCGUAUGGGGAGACUGGCGGAGGAACAGGCUAAACAGGAACACAACCAGGGAGAGGGGAUCCAGGCCAAGCCUCUACCCAACCAGGAGAGCCCUGCAGCUGGGGAGACGGCGGAGAGAAAGACCCGGCUGAGUCAGAAGAGAAGACUGGGGAGAAAGAGACGACGAAGAAAGAGGAGCCACGACCAGAGAAGAAGUCACAGCCAGACAAGAAGACCACCGACACGAUGAAGACACCUUCAGGAUCUGGCCAACCAGACCACAAGAAUGGGAAGACCGAGGCUUCCGGAGGGAGAGGCCGGCGCCUCUCCGCAGAAAGGAGAGACUCUUCAAGGCAUAGAAGCAGCCGGGCUCCUUCCGAUGAGGGCUCCCUUCGACGUCUAGACAGGGUAACUCCUCUAGCGCCUCUUCUGGCUCCCACAGGAGCAGCAGACACGACGGCAGCCCCGCCAAGAAGAAGGGGAAGAAGGGGAGGAAAGAAGAGGAAGACGAGAGGAGCAAGAGCCUCGGUAGCAGCAGUAAAACGACCCUCUCCUCUAGGAGCAGGUCUAAAGACACGUUGCUACGCGGGAAUGAGUUUACGUCUGACGUCAUCCCUGGUGAAGCCAACUCCUUCUAUCUGGACCAGUUCAACAUGGACCAGUUUGUUACUGUGGAUGAGGUGGAAGGUGAUGAGGCUGAGAACACCAACCCACCGCAGUCAUCCUCAUCUUCGUCACACAAGACACAAGAUAAGGCCUCGGAAAGGUCAAAACGAUCGUCCAAACGCAAGAGGGGUACCCCAGAUACC